UCACAAUGUUCUCAGGAAUUAGGAAUUCCCCUCGAAAUGGGUCCAAUUUUUAACGUCUCCGGUUUUUUCACCUGCUACAAAAUAAUUCGAAUGAUAGAUUCAGGAUAAAAGUUCAACACGGGCUCUUCAUUUAGUGUAUAUUCUGUAAGUUUUAUAUUAAAUUUUAUGUUGAAAGUCGGCUGUGGUGGUCAAGAAAAUGGCGACUCGCCGAAAUGCAGUCUACAUUAUUCAAGGCGAAAUGUCUUUGGUUGUGUCAGCUUUAAGGAGAAAUGCUCGAUGGGGAUCUCACAGCUAUCAGGAUGAAGAACAGGAUCCCCUUUUGCAUGGAUUCUCCCAGCUUAAGGACAUACUGUCUACAGCUAAUGAUCUUAGUGAAGUUGAUGUCAACACAUUUCUUGGUCCAUUUUUGGAUGUGAUUCGAUCAGAGGACACUACAGGGCCUAUCACUGGWGUYGCUUUAGCYUCUGUCAACAAAUUCCUCUCAUAUGGACUGAUAGAUCCCACAUGCGAGAGUGCAGCAUCAGGCAUUGAAAAUCUUGCAGAUGCUGUUACCCAUGCAAGAUUUGUGGGUACAGAUCCAAGCAGCGAUGAAGUAGUCUUGAUGAAAAUCCUUCAGGUCCUAAGAACRUUGCUGCUGACUCCUGUUGGUGCUCACAUGACCAAUGAAUCUGUCUGUGAAAUCAUGCAAUCUUGCUUUAGAAUUUGCUUUGAAACAAGACUGAGUGAACUGUUGCGACGGUCUGCAGAGCAGACACUGAUGGACAUGGUUCAGUUACUGUUUUCAAGGAUGCCACAGUUCAAGGAGGAUUUCAAACCUGGUCAAAUACCAAACAUUAGAAAGGUCUUCAAGAGAGCUGGAGCAAUAUCCUCAGGAAAAAAGAAAAAGCAUGCCUCCCCCAGGCCACGUAGAGCCCACCAUGGAAGCUCCCAGUCAUUAUCAUCAACAAACACAGAAGAMCAGUCAGCCACACCAGAACCAGUCCCUCAGCAAACAGAACCAUCAGAAACAAGGGAAGAUAACACAGAAGAGACUGGUACCAGCAAGGAUCCCCCAGAAAAUACAGAUGAUCCAAAAACUGAUAAUACAAAUGAGGAACCUAAAACUGAGGGGGACAMUAUAGAGGUGGGCUCAGAGGUAUCUGAAAGUGGGCCCUCAUCAGGYGAUGCGCCUGAGCCCUCUGAUAAAAGUGAGCCUUCUGUAGCUUCACAGAUUAUGCAAGAGGGUGAGGGAGAUGGUGAUGUAAUUAGUGUUGAGGGGAUGGUWAUUUCUGAUGAAGAUAGAGAUGGAGCUGUGGAGAGGGCACAUGAGCAGGAUGGUACUGAAAGCAUUGCCAGUACUAUCAUGACAGAAGAAGACCUUGAUGACAAUAAGGAUACCACUUCAUUGGAAACAGAUGAAGGAGAUGAUGUAGUYGAMGUCCAUGCUGAUGGCAGAUUGUCAGAGCUUUCAGGUCCUCAUGAUGARUAUGUGAACCCUAGAGGAGUGAGGUUUACUCCACAGGAACCCCACAAGGAAGGCUCAGGUCCUUUGAUACCUUAUGGUUUACCUUGCAUAAGAGAAUUGUUCAGAUUCCUUAUUUCUCUCAUCAAUCCGCAUGACAGGCAUAACUCAGAAGCUAUGAUACACAUGGGGCUUUCACUGCUUACUGUGGCCCUAGAGGCUGGUGCACAUCACUUGGGCAACUUCACUUCACUGAUGAACCUUGUCAAAGAUGACAUGUGUAAAAACCUUUUCAAUCUGUUGCAGUGUGAUUUCCUUGGUUUGUUUGCCAUGGCAAUGAGAGUGUGUUUUCUGCUAUUUGAAGGCCUUAGAGUACACUUGAAGCUGCAAUUUGAGAUGUUCUUCAAGAGGUUACUGGAUAUUCUUUCAAUGGACUUCCAAAGCGUCCCGUAUGAGAAAAGAGAGUUGAUUUUGGAUGCUAUUAAUCAGCUUUUUCGUGUUCCAAAUCUUGUGACCGAGUUGUAUCUCAACUACGAUUGUGAUCUAUACUGUACAAAUGUAUUUGAAGAACUUUGUAAACUUUUAUCAAAGAAUGCCUUCCCCGCGGCAGGCAGUUUGUUCAGCGUCCAUCUCUUAGCAUUGGAUGCACUUCUUGCUGUAGUUCAAGGUGUCGAAGGCCAUUGCCAUGAAGCACUUGUCAAUUCGAUGGAAAGAGCACUGGAGGACAGUAUACCAGUAAAUAAGAAAGACAAGAUGCUGAAAAGAGAAAAGACUAACUCAGGAGGUGAUGAUGACUCCGGUACUGAUGACAAUUUGGAGACAAUUCAGCCCUCCYCUCCUACGUCAGGUUUUGAAAUGGCACAAAGAAUGACMGUGGGGAUAGUGACGGGGGAUGGUUCCAGUAUGAAUGAKCGUGUUARAGAAGACAAUGGCAAGAAGAUGAACGAUGUUYUWAAUGAACGAUUUCACGCAUUGUCUACUGGCUUGUUGUUUUCGUCSUGUUUGCCGACACCUGAAAUGCUGGCAAAGCUGAAACUAAAGAAAAAGCUACUGCAAGCUGGCUCCGAGCACUUCAAUAACAAGCCMAAGAAAGGAAUUGAAUUCCUACAAGAACAUGGACUCCUACACCGACCUCUAGAGCCCGAUGAGGCUGCUAGAUUUCUACGUGAAAAUCCACGUCUUGACAAGAAAACUAUAGGAGAAUAUAUUGGCAACAAACACAAUGGAAAAGUGCUGGAUGAAUUUGUGAGGAAAGUCCUGUCAUAGAGCACAUCAUGGAAUCGUUCUCUGAGAAUUUCUUUGAAAGUAACCCUGAUGUGUACGCCAACAAAGACUCUGUAUUCACUCUUACAUACGCUGUCAUCAUGUUAAACGUCGACCAGCACAAUACAAACAUCAAACAACAGAAACCAAUGACCGUCGAGGAUUUUAAGCGCAAUCUUCGAAAAACAAAUGGUGGAGUUGACUUUCCUGCCUCCAUGCUGGAAGAAAUCUAUCACGCUAUUAGAACUGAAGAAAUCGUAAUGCCAGCUGAAAGAACCGGUAGAAUACGAGAGAAUUACGAAUGGAAGAUGUUGUUACGCCGAAGCACCACCCACGAGGGAAAGUAUAUAUACGGGGUGGGGUCCAGUUUUGACCAGGAUCUGUUUUCAAUCAUCUGGGGUCCUACUGUAGCCGCCUUGUCCUACGUUUACGACAAUGCAYUAGAGAAAAGUGUUGUACAGAAGGCUAUAUCAGGGUUCAGGGCUGACACAUCGAUUUUCUCGUGGUAUCAAUACCUGGUGAAUCCUGAGCCUGCGAUGACAAGGGGUCAGACACCUGAAGAUAAAGAAGCACAAAAGCAGGCGCAGAUUGUCAUCCGGGAUCUUCACCCUGAACACUUGAUCAGUGAAAGUAAAUUCCUCCGCUACGAAUCACUGAAUGAGCUAAUAAAGGUGCUAACAUACACAUCAAAUCCCGACAACUACGAGUCCCAAGGUAUCCAGUGUGACGAGGAAUCGGCCGUGUUCUGCUUAGAGUUACUCAUGCGAGUUGUUCUUCAAAAUAGGGACCGAGUAUCGAUAUUGUGGCAUACUAUUAGAGAUCAUCUCUCCAAUAUAAUUAUAAACGCAUCUCAUCAUAGUUCAUUAGUGGAGCGCUCGGUCGUCGGGCUCCUUCGUCUCGCCAUUCGUCUCCUACGCAAAGAAGAGAUCUCGUCCCAGGUCCUUACUACUCUACGCGUCCUUCUCAUGAUGAAGCAUAGUGUSCUCAUGUCUUGUGGACGUCAAAUCUGCUUUGGUCUUCACGAGCUGUUACGUACUAACGCUUCCAGUAUCACGUCCACAAGAGACUGGAUAACAGUAUUUACUCUUAUUGAAUGCGUAGGGGCAGCUGCUACACCGCCCACCGUUACACCCGGCUCGCCUACCAUCGUCAAGGAAUCGGACAGCGACUCGGCAAUUGGAGAAUCCGACGCGGCCUCCGAACGGUUAUCGACUUGUGAAAGCGAAGUCGGAUCAUUUACUGCAAUCGAAGCGGAAUCGGGGAGUGAGAUGUCUAUGGCUGGGGAUACAUGGCUUUUGAUUAAUAAAGAUGAUUCCGAUGAUCUGCCGGCCAAUCAGUACGACUUGACGGUCAGCGUACAACUUAAUAAGCAUGAUAGUAAAUGCUUUAUUAAGUCGUGUCAAAGUUUGACUUUUUUGAUUCGAGACUGUGCUCAUGUMAGGAAAGAGAAUUUCUUACAUUGUAUUCACGCYGUWCGGGUUUACGCUGAGGCGAGUUUGAACAGCGCUGCUGGUCUAAGACAAAAUGAACAACAAUUUAAGGACUCUAGCUCUGAACAAAAACCUGGUCGUACAAGUAAGAAGUCAAAUAAAUCCAAAAAGAGCCCCACAGGCAUGACAAAACGUAAAUCAACGCGCUCCGCAGGGAACAGCCCUACAAACAGCGAGGACGAAGUCGAGAUAUUCGAAACCAUUAAUAAUGCUUAUGAUGCCAUGUCACUUCAGUUAAUCGAACUGAUAUACGCUCUACAUACUCACGCUGCGAGCUUUUACGACAAGAAUACGGUAGUUACACGAGACGCUGGCGAGAAAAUCACCGCAAAGGUCGCUACACCGCCUAAACCAGUCGUAGARAGCCCACUCCCUGCGCAUCAUGUCCAGGUAGARGAACCCCCCGAAGCAGGCGUUCAGAUGAGUUUUCUGUGGACMAAGUGUUGGUGUCCGUUAUUACAGGGUAUUGCAAGGCURUGUUGUGAUAACAGGAAGCAAGUMAGGAUGUCGGCAUUAACKUACCUACAGAGAGCYUUACUUGUUCACGAUAUGCAGACUUUGACUGCAGUUGAAUGGGAAUCAUGCUUCAAUAAGGUAAUGUUUCCAAUGUUGGCUCGUUUAUUAGAAGUUCAAAGCGCAGGAGAUCCCAUUGGACUAGAAGAGACUCGUAUGCGAGCUGCUACUUUACUUUGCAAGGUUUUCUUGCAGCAUCUGACUCCACUAUUAUCAUUAUCUACAUUUACUGCUCUUUGGCUCACAAUCCUGGACUUCAUGGACAAAUAUAUGCAUGCGGACAAAAGUGAUCUACUGUUYGAAGCGAUACCUGAAUCUCUCAAAAACAUGCUACUCGUAAUGUCGACGGCGGGCAUCUUUGAGCAGGAAGAUUACACACUUAGCCUUGGCAAACCCGACAAGACUGCGACAGCACCACGACUAGCACGAUCGGAUUCCGAUGUUCACCGAUAUUCUGCCUUAUGGCAAGUCACSUGGGAACGAAUCGAUUGUUUCUUGCCGAAGUUAAAGCAGGAGUUGUUUUCAAGGUCCCAACCUUCCUCGCGAGCUGGCUCGCCCCAGGUUCCAAGAGCUGAAACCGAGCCUAGUAGAGAUGCUGUCACGAAAGAGGAAGGAGUUGACAGAAAGGUAGGAACCGAGGCAAAGCCUACAUCAGGUACAAGUAUCACGUCACCUCCACCGCAAGGGAACCAGCAAGUCUGCGUCGUUCUCCAGCCUCCCUUACCUUCUCUUGGGAAUCGGAGCGGGUCUCCGACACAACUGGGCUCACUAGCAGACAACGUACGUCCAUCAGUACCUAUUAUACUUGCACCAAGCCCCGAACUGAACAAAAAGGCCGUUCAACCAGAUCCUGUUAYACAGGAAAYUGGUACCGAACAAAAUGACACMGAGAAUCAGCCAAUCACAGAGGAGUYUUCAAUCGAGGSUGAUACUGUCAAUGAGGAARUUUCGCAAGUUCAAAAUGCUUCUCCGCCUGUCUCACCUUCCAAGACAGCUAUCUAUGACAUUUAAYCGUACGUAGCUCAAUUUGAUUGGGCUGUUAAUGACACAUGGCACAAUUUGAUUGGCAGUUAAUAUCACGUGAUUCAAUGUGGAUAUUUUGGACAUCACGUGACUCAAUUUUAUUUGCACCGAAUAUAUAAAAUGACUGAAUUUACUGAAUUUAACUGGUUUAUGGACAUCACGCGAUACAGUUUCAUCGACCGUGGAGAUUGAUUGGCUAUAUUUUUAGURACCUUGUGACAAUUGGACUAAUUUGAUUGGCUGUUGACAUCAAGUGGUUCUCAUCAAUAUUUCUUUUCGCAAAUUAGACGUGACGCAAUCUAAUUGAUUGAAUUUAUGACACUCCUGCCAUUAUUAAAAGGCCAACAUGCAUCCAAGAAUCUUUGCGCGUUUWGGUCACAUACGAAAAUUCUCUAUUUUUGUUUUUAAGUCAAUAGGAAAACACCUUUCAACAAGAAAUUAUUUGUAAAACAAAAGAAACAAUCGCUACAAUGGAUACAUGUGGGCCUUGGAAUAAUCUAGUUUUUUUGCUCAAGCAAGCCUCGAUUGACCUAUCGCAUGAUGACGUCACAGCAUGUUUACAGUGGGGGAAUAGGUUCGCUAGACUAAUUCUGUCAAAUUAAAUUAAAUUUGAACGUCAAAUUGACAAAUUUAUCCUUUUCAACCAUUCCCUUGAGAUUCAAAAGAUUAAAGACCCACGGCCAUGUUGGAAGAAUGAACAAUAGAUACCAAUAAGGAAUCCUUUGUUAACGUUACUCCACAAUGGCCGCUGUGACGUAUWGUGAAAACGAAGAAUAAAAUGUUUAGGCUAUAGGUUUGAGCAAAAUGGAACCGGAAAGACGUAAAAUGCACGAAUGUGUGAAGUAUUUUUAAAAUGGAGUAAUUUAUUGUUUUAAUUAUCAUACAGUGUUUUUAUACACGUCGCGACUYUCUCUUUAUAGAGUGCAUUCGUAUCAUCCGAGUAGUUUCUGACAAAAGUAUGCUAAAAGGUCUUUUGCAUUAAACAGUCACAUGGCACUAAACCCGUCAUAGAUGGAUGGCAAAAGAAUGUCAACAACCUCAAAAAACAAAAGGAACGCAGCCCGUCAAGCUUGACUUUUCUUUGUUUUGAACAUCCCAGUGGGUAUUUUGCCAUCCAGCAUGGACGAUCUAGUACCAUGUGACCGUUUCAUGGAAAAGGCCUAUUAGAGUCGUUAUCUUUGACCCGUGAAACAGUUCAUCUCGACUAUAGUAAACUAAUAGAAUCACGAAUUAUUUUAAUUGUUUUGCUUUGUUUCGACUGGAGAAUUACUAACCAACAAUUAGUUAGUGUUUCACGGGUUAAGAGCAAGGACUCUACUUCUAUUUGGCUAGUUUUCAGUUUCUGAAGGGGCCUUUGCCCACCAGCAUACCAUUCGAGCUUUUGUUCAUGUUUGAAAAUAGAAUUCACCGUCAUAAUAUAAACAAAAACUAACUCUUCAAUUUGAAUGGAAAUAUUGUAAGAUUCGAUAUUAAAACUAACGGAUGGAAGCGGAUUAAAAUUGGAUAUUUGAAGUCACCUCAUUUUCCACAUAUGAAAAAUCUGCACGGCYGCAUUGCAUGCUGGUGGAUCAUGGCCCUUUAAAAAUUGUUUCACGGAYAUGAUAAUGCGCUCUACUGAACCAAGGGUAAAUAUUAACUUAAAAUCUAUGUAAGUCCUUAUGGUAGCUUAUGACUAUAUAUGGUAUGUAGUUYCAUUCCUGGGGUGAUAUAAAAGAAAGACUUUUAAUUCGAA